AUGAAUCGUCCCCCCUCCCCAAGGGACAUCAGACGUAUUUCCACUAGGCUGAGCGUAGUUUUCUCCCGAGAACAUACUCGGGGCAUCUCUUAUUUUGACCAGUCCCUCAUUUUCUUUUUCACGAGUGUCACGUUCAUGUCUGUUUCUUUUUUGUUUCUUCUUUUUCAAUGUCACUACUUGCCUUUUUUUAUUCUUUACUUGUGUUCUGACUUUUUCUUCUCUUCUUUUCUCUUUCUGUUUAUUUUACUUUUCCCUCCUUUUCACUCUUUCUUAUCUUCGGCAGGCUCUUUUCAUUUUUUUCCUUUGUCCUCUCUAUUUCCCUUUCUUGAUUGCUUUUCCUUAUUUUCUUUUACACUUUCUUUCACUUUUUCUAAUAUAUUUUUUUUCUUUCCCUUCACUUGUCUAUGCAUAAUUUCCUCCUUUUCUUGUUUCUAUUUUUCUUACUUUGGUUUUCUCACAUUUUUUUAUCUUUUUUUUUGUAUAUGCAUAAACUCUUUUCUUUUCUUUCUUUUGUCUCUCUUGUCUUUUAUUUCCUUUCUUUCUCAUUUCCUUUCUUUCUUGUUUCUUUUAUUUUUUCUCUUUUCUGUUUUGUGCUUCCUUUUUUUUUCCUUCUUUUUUAUUCUUUUUUGUCUCCUUCUUUCUUUUAAUUUUCCAUUGUCUUUUCUUUUUGUUUUUCUUUUUUUUGUCUUUGUUUUUUUCCAUCUUUUUCUUUGA